AAUGAAAUAAGAAGCUAAAACGUAUUUGUCAACAAUGGAUAGUGACAUUUUUUGCAAGAGAUAAGAAGAAGAGCUCACUCUUACAGCUCGACAAGAAUGGCGACUGGUUCCAAAUCUCUCCAAGCUUUUCUCCGUCGCCGUCGUUUACUCUCCGCCGUCGUACUCUUCCUUUUCACUUGCUUCUUUCGUCUAACUGCAUCUCUCCCGUUCGCCGCCGGCGAGCAGAGAGAAAACUCGGCCGUCGGAUAUGGAUACCGAGUUAGAUCGGGGCGUGUUGACCCUACCGGAAAGUCGUUGACCGCCGAUCUUGACCUGAUCGACAAAUCCUCGGUGUAUGGACCUGACGUUGAGAGACUUAGCCUCCAAGCCAGUUUUGAAACCAAAGAUCGGCUGAGAGUGCGAAUAACAGACUCAAAUCGGGAACGAUGGGAAGUACCGGACGAGAUAAUUCCCCGUCGAUCGAACUCCCGUAUCCGCUCCCUGCCGGAAAGAGACGUCGGCUCACCGGAAACCUCUGUCAUCUCCGAUCCGGCUUCCGAUCUCAUUUUCAGCCUCCAUGACACCGCACCGUUCGGCUUUUCCGUGCACCGGCGAUCAUCUGGCGAUGUCCUCUUCGACACAUCGCCUAAUUUCUCCGAUUCGGAGACUUUUCUUGUCUUCAAGGACCAAUACAUUCAACUAUCCUCUUCGCUUCCCAAGGACAGAUCGUCUUUGUUUGGCAUUGGCGAGCAAACCAGGAAGUCGUUCAAGCUCGUGCCGGAUAAAAGUAAAACUUUGACGCUUUGGAACGCCGAUAUCGGUAGUGUUAAUACUGACGUGAACCUCUACGGUGCUCAUCCCUUCUACAUUGACGUCCGGUCGCCGUCUCGCGAUGGUAAAGUUGCGGCAGGGACGACGCAUGGAGUUCUGUUACUGAACAGUAAUGGUAUGGAUAUUAUAUACACUGGAGAUAGGAUUAGCUACAAGGCUAUUGGUGGAAUCAUUGAUUUAUACUUCUUUGCGGGUCCGUCACCGAUAUCAGUGAUAGAUCAGUAUACGGAGCUUAUUGGGCGGCCUGCACCCGUGCCUUAUUGGUCGUUCGGUUUUCACCAAUGUCGUUAUGGCUACAAGAAUGUUUCUGAUAUUGAGACUGUAGUUGCUCGUUAUGCCAAAGCCGGCAUACCUCUUGAAGUUAUGUGGACAGACAUUGAUUACAUGGAUGGGUAUAAGGACUUCACUUUUGAUCCCAUCAAUUUUCCCGUGGAGAAAAUGAAGAACUUUGUUGAUAAUCUUCAUCAAAAUGGACAAAAAUAUGUGCUCAUCUUGGAUCCCGGUAUUAGUACAAACAAGACAUAUGGAACAUACAUCCGAGGGAUAGAAGCUGAUAUCUUUAUAAAAUAUGACGGGGUUCCAUACUUGGGUGAGGUUUGGCCUGGACCUGUUUACUUCCCUGAUUUUCUUCAUCCAAACAGUGAGAUUUUCUGGGGUGAUGAGAUUAAAUUACUUCGAGAUAUUGUUCCGUUUGAUGGUCUUUGGAUUGAUAUGAAUGAGAUAUCAAAUUUUAUAACCUCUUCAACCAGCUCAUUUUCUAAUCUUGAUAACCCUCCUUACAAGAUUAACAAUGCUGGAGUCCAACGUCCAAUUAACAAUAGGACUGUGCCAGCAUCAAGUCUUCAUUUUGGUAACUUGACAGAGUAUAAUACUCAUAACUUAUAUGGUUUCUUGGAGUCAAAGGCUACUCAUGCCUCAUUAGUAAAAGUAACGGGCAAAAGACCAUUUGUUCUGUCAAGAUCAACUUUUGUAGGCUCUGGGAAGUACACAGCACAUUGGACUGGAGAUAAUGCUGCGACUUGGAAUGAUUUAGGUUACACAAUUCCAUCCAUUUUGAACUUUGGACUCUUUGGAAUUCCAAUGGUUGGUGCUGACAUAUGUGGAUUUUCUGGAGAUACGACGGAAGAGCUUUGCCGACGUUGGAUUCAGUUAGGUGCAUUUUACCCAUUUGCUAGAGAUCAUUCUGACAAAGGAUCCAUUCGUCAAGAGCUUUAUCUUUGGGAUACGGUUGCUGCAUCAGCCAGGAAGGUGCUUGCACUUCGUUAUAGCUUACUUCCUUACAUCUACACUUUGAUGUAUGAGGCACACAAAAAGGGGACACCAAUUGCACGCCCUCUCUUCUUCUCAUUCCCUCAGGAUAUCAGGACCUAUGAAAUCAACUCCCAGUUUCUACUUGGAGCAGGUGUAUUGAUUUCUCCAGUUCUGAAGGAGGGAGCUAUUUCUGUUGAUGCAUAUUUUCCUGCAGGAAACUGGUUUAGCCUCUUUAACUAUUCUGAGUCAGUGGCUAUAAAGUCAGGGCAGCAAAUCACUCUAGACGCACCUGCUGAUCAUAUAAAUGUGCACGUCAGGGAAGGAAACAUAUUAGCAUUACACGGAGAGGCGACGACAACACAAGCAGCUCGAAAGACAGAGUUCAAGCUUUUGGUAGUCGUCAGCAAUGGUCAAAGCAGCUCUGGAGAGGUGUUCUUGGAUGAUGGAGAAGAGAUGGAAAUGGGAGAAGAGGGAGGUAAUUGGAGUCUGGUAAGAUUUUACAGUGAAGCAGUUGGGAGUAAGUUACUGAUCAAAUCUCAGGUUAUAAAUGGAGGAUUUGCUUUGAGCCAGAAGAUGAUCAUUGACAAGGUGACCAUUGUAGGCUUUGAAAGGCCUAAGAACAUGGGUGACCUUGGUUUAGAUAUAAGCAAGGGCGCAAACUUGAAUGGUAAUUCAGGCAUCAGAAUAACGUAUGAGUACUCUGCCAAGUUUGUUAAUGUCCAGAUCUCGGGCUUGUCCAUUCCUAUAUGUGAGGGAUUCGUAAUGGAGUUGUCAUCAUUAAAUUGAGUGUCCCAUCAUCUAAUAGCACGUCUUCCUAAAUAAAAGAAUCAUCCUUUGUCGAUGACAUUUUAGGUAUUUCACAUGUAA